AUGGCGGCCGAGCCGCCGGUCGCCGAGGCCGAGGCCGACCUGCCCGACGGGCAGGACAUCUUCUACGUCUGCAAGAAGGCUCUCGAGAGCCUGAAAGCGAAGCUCAAGGCAGGGGAGGAAGUGUCUCAGGACCUCGUGAACGAGCUCACGUUCCCAGAGAAGCUGGCAGACGACGAGGUCAUGGUGCCGGUCGACAUGCGCGGUGUCGGGGAGGAGUUCGACGACGUGGAGUCGAUGGUGGAGAAGCUCGGCCCGAAGGGGACGGCCGAGGCCUUCGUGAAGGCGCGCGACUACUUUGAGGCGAACAAGGACAAGGAGCCCGAGGACGAGAGGCCACAGCCGAUGACCGCGGCGGAGUGGAAGAAGGUCCUCGAGGAGGACUUCGACGAGGGCGAGGAAGAGGAGGACCUCCUCGAGGACGAGGAGGAGUUCGAGGAGGGCGAGGAGGACGACGACGACGCUGGAGAUGCGGAAGAGGCAGGUGCUGAGGAGCCAGCCGCGAAGAAGGCCAAGACAGACAAGACAGAGUGA